AUCGGCAGGCGGACUCCCAACCACGGCGCCACCAGGGAAGCCUUAGACUACCUUAUUAACUGUAUUAAAAGCCCACCAGACUGUAUGAGAUUGGAGCAAACGGAAAACUCACACUAGAAGGAAGCCUUGUAUGCAAAUGAAGGAUGCAGGUUCUGAUUUCCCAUUGGUUCUUAAUAGUAGCCAAUGGGAGAAUAGCACAAGCCUAGCUCUGGUUAGUAUAAAUAUUGCUCUCGCCGCUGUUUUAUUUAUUGUUUGCUUUUUAUUUUGAAGGUUUUUAAGUUGUGGUCUAGUAGUUAUGUCUGGUCGUGGUAAACAGGGCGGCAAGGCUCGUGCAAAGGCGAAGACCCGCUCUUCGCGAGCUGGGCUUCAGUUCCCCGUAGGCCGAGUGCACCGCCUGCUCCGCAAGGGUAACUACUCCGAGCGUGUCGGCGCCGGGGCGCCGGUGUACCUGGCGGCGGUGCUGGAGUACCUAACGGCCGAGAUCCUGGAGCUGGCGGGCAACGCGGCCCGCGACAACAAGAAGACGCGCAUCAUUCCGCGCCACCUGCAGCUGGCCAUCCGUAACGACGAGGAGCUUAACAAGUUGCUGGGGCGCGUGACCAUCGCUCAGGGCGGCGUCCUGCCCAACAUCCAGGCGGUACUGCUUCCCAAGAAAACUGAGAGUCACCACAAGGCCAAGGGCAAGUAAAGUGUUUA